AUGCCCACGGGUGGUUCGAUGCGUGGAACGACCGUCGUCUGGGGUGAUUACGGCUUGCGCAUGAAAGAUCACGAUCGACGAGUCUCGGCGAAACAGCUGAAGAACGCCGAAGAAACCAUCAACAGAAGACUGCGAGGGGAACGCUUCCGGCUGUACAAGAGAGUGAGCGCAAACAUCGGUGUUUACACGAAAGGCAGCGACGUGCGCAUGGGCAAAGGAAAGGGUAAAUUCGACUACUGGGCUGCGCGUAUCCCCGUCAGCAGGGUGGUGUUCGAAAUCAAGAGCAAUAUCCACGAGCAGGUGGUAAGGGACGCCUUUCGAUUGGCGGGAAACAAAUUGCCUGGUCUAUGGGAGUUUGUCAAAAAGGGAGACCCUCCGAUGGUUGGCAUCACAAAGUUGGGCAACGGAGUGACGUUGGAAAAGCUCAAGGAGGCCCGAAGAGAGGUGGAGCCCAAAGACAAGACGAGCUCACAGCCCAUUAUAUCCUCCUCGAUUGGUGUACCUCCUCAGACGGUCGCGACUGAAUUCGACCCGCCGCCGACAACUGUACACGUUUCGCCUUGA